GUGCUUCAGGAUGUCUUCACAUUUUGCCAGUCGGUUCAGAAAGGAUUUCAGUACUGAAAUGAUUAGGACUAAACUUGCUCAUAGGAAAUCACUGUCUCAGAAACAAAACAGACAUAAGGAAUUUGAACAAAAUAGACGCUUUGGUUUGAAAGAUGUCAACAUUCCGACCUUGGAAGGUAGAAUUCUUGUUGAAUUAGAUGAGACAUCUCAAGAGCUUGGUCUAGAAAAGGCCAAUAUCAAGCCAAGGUCAAUGAAAACUGUUUUAUGUGACCAACGAAAACAAAUGCUCCAAAAAUACAAAGAAGAAAAACAACUACAAAAAUUGAAAGAGCAGAGAGAGAAAGCUAAACGAGGAGUGUUUAAAGUGGGUCUUUAUAGACCUGAUACGCCUGGUUUUCUUUCAUCAAACCUGAAUACUAUGAAAGCUGGGCCGCAAAAGACUAUCUCAUCUUCUGUACGGAUUACAAGGUCAAAGGCCAAAGACCUGAUGGAGCAGACUAAGAUUAAUAAUGGGAGUGAUGUUCGAGCAGUACGACCUGGUCAAAGACAAACUUCUGAAAAGAAAGUGUUGGACAGAGAGGAAAAAGUUGUGCAGCCUGUAGUGCCCAUAAGAAUGACUCGAUCAGCUACUCAAGCAGCAAAACAGGUUGCUGGAGCGGUCUCAUCCACCACAGCAAGAAAGCCAUUCUCAAGAGCCACUGGUGAUAAUGAACUGGGAAGACAGGCACCAAAUAAAGGAAGACCCGCCCCCCAAAUAGAAAUGACAUCUGAAAAGGAUAUUUCUUGUAAAGUUGAUCAUGAAGAAAAUACGUUGGAUUCACAAACUACUAUAAAUGUAAUAGAUCCAGAUGGAGUCUCAUUAAAGAUGGAAAACUCACCCAAGACAAAUACUGUAAAAAUGAAAGGGAAGAAUUCCUUUGCACCAAAGGAUUUUAUGUUUCAGCCCCUGGAAGGUCUGAAGACCUAUCAAGUCACACCCAUGACUCCCAGAAGUGCUGAUGCUUUCUUGACACCUAGUUACACCUGGACCCCUUGGAAAACAGAAGGUGAUAAGACUCAAGAAGCAACAAAAGACAUUUUGGCACUAAAAUGUAAAAUGUCAACGACCAAGAUAGUACAGCAAGAUUCAAAUAAAUUACAAUGUCCUGUGGGUUCUCUAACAGUUUGGAAUGAAGAACAGGUCUUAAAUUAUAAUAAAGCUACUACUAAAGAAUCAAGUGGCCUUCCAGUAACAGAGGUCCCAUUACUUGAAAUGAAGGAAGGACAGCUAUCUCAACUGCAACACGAUGUACCAUAUUUCAGAAAUAUCCUCCAGUCAGAAACUGAGAAGUUAACAUCAAGUUGCUUUCAGUGGGAGAAGAAGCUGGAAUUGGACAUUCCAGAUGAUGCUAAAGAUCUUAUUCGCACAGCAGUUGGUCAAACAAGACUCCUUAUGAAGGAGAGGUUCAAACAGUUUGAAGCACUAGUGAAUGAUUGUGAAUACAAACGAGGUGAGAAGGAGACUACUUGCACAGAUCUGGACGGAUUCUGGGAUAUGAUUAGUUUUCAGAUAGAAGAUGUAAACCAAAAAUUCAACAAUUUGACCAGACUUGAAGAAUCUGGGUGGCAAAACAAUAGUAAUGCGAGUAAAAAAGUUUUCCGGAAAAAAGUUAUCUCAGGUUUAGUGAAUAAACCAAAACAAGAUGAUGGUGGAAGAAUUGCAGCUAGAAAUCGCCUGGCUGCUAUAAAAAGUGCAAUGAGGGAGAAGAUGAAGCAGGGAGAACGUGGGGAAGCAGCAGCCUCUGUGAUGCCAAAGGAGGUUGAUAAAAUAGUGUUUGAUGCUGGAUUUUUCAGGGUUGAAAGUCCCGUUAAAUCAUUUUCAGGACUUUCCAUUUCUUUUGAACGUCCUUCUCAAAGUCGUAGAACGCCCAAGUCUGUCAGCAAAGCUGUGUCUCAGAGCAGGGGUGCGGUGAGCCUCCUGGGACAAACUGCAUCAUCAGAGCGUCCCAGUCCCCAGAGUACCAAAAAUGAACACGAUGAUAAGAAGACUUUGUUUGCAAAUAUUCCUGACAGCGGGAUCAGCACAGGAGAAGAUGCUCAAUGUCCUGGAUCACAAGAUUUAAUGGAAAUGAAACCCGAUGCAAAUAAGGUACACUUUGAGAGGGAUUAUUUAUCCAGUGAAAGAACGAGUUUGCCCCUUCUUGCUGGUGGAGGAACAGAUAAUAUUAAUAUUAACAAAGAAGAAGAAAUUUCAGAUGUUGUGGUGGGAAUGGAGUUAAAUUCUUCACUUACAUCACACAAUGUUUUGAUGAGUAGCCCUGAAAAAAUAAACCAUCACAGAAUAUCUAUCCUCUCACAAGAAGAGGAAACUAAACUUCCUCAGUCAGUACUAUUUGAUAAUAAAAGUCUCACUACUGAAUGCCACCUUGUUGAUUCAACAGGCCUGAACUGCAGCAAUCCAUUCGCUCAGCCGGAGGGCAGACAUAGAGAACAUUCCCGACACGUUUCCCUUGGUGGUGACCUGAUUUCCUUUUCACCUUCAAAGCCUCCCUGUGGAGAACAACCAGAAGAAUUUUCAAUUUAAA